CUUUUAAAUAGUUAGGCUCAAAAAUUCAAAUUUUUUACAAGCAUGCAUUUUUCUGUUAAUAAUGACUAUUUUAAUAUUGAUUCCAUAAUUGCUACACAAGAAAAAACUAAGUGCAAGCUUAAUUAUUCCAUUAAACCUAUUACUGGAACAGGAGAUACCCAAGAUAUUGCUGUAGGAUCAUAUAUAGACAUACCUAUAUGGUUAUCCUUAAUAUUAAAUGAUAAUAAAAGCAAAAUAAUAGAAAUGGGAUUACCUAAAGCAUAUACGAAUUCUACAAGACUUUUAUUAGAAGCUGAUUCCUUAACAAUAAAUUUAAAUUCCCUUGGACCCUAUUUUUACUUAAUAGCAAAAAAAAUACUGUUUAUUGAUAUCUUUAAAUCUGCUGAUCAUCUUAACUCUAUGUGUGAAUCAAUUUUAAAAGCAUUUAUAGUCCGAUUUAACAAAAUUAUCUUGUUUUCACAGAGCUUUGGAGCAUCAGACACAUAUGAUAAAGAUUUAAGCAUAAAUAGUGGUAAUGACAAUAAAAAUGGGGAUUAUAAUAGCAAUGUAACUGUUGUGAACAGUUCUUUAAAUGACCCAUUUCUGCAGAAAUUAGAUAAUUUUGAAGAAUAUCUUUAUCAGAUGGGAUAUAACAAUUCUUUAGCUCAUUCUCAAUGGGACGAUUUGUUGAAUAAUAAAAGAAAUGGACAAUGUCAAAAAUACGAUAACGGGAUGGGUCUGAACAUCGAUACAUUUCAACUUCAUAGAUACUAUGAGGAGAUGGACAAUUGGCGUAUGAUGGGCAGGCGUGCUGCAGCUGUUUCAAUAUGGAAAUUAAUUUAA